AGGAAGUAAACAAACGUAAGGACUCUCAACGAGUGAUGUUCCUGUGUUUGUUUGCUAGCUUUUUAACAUAAUGUCGUUUUUUGUAUUAUUUAAAUAACACUAAUGAUUAAACCAUUGUUUCCACAGUCAUUGUGUGUAGUAGUGCAACGCUGUGUCUAGUCUUGACAAGACGGACUGGUGCUACUCGUGCAACGAUGGGGGUGACCUCCUCUCAGCAGGUCCUGAUCGCGUUUUCUUUGGUGAUGUUUGCCUUCGUGAUUUUCCCUAGAAUGUCCGGAGGUGGAACUAAAGAUGCGAGAGCGUUCGAUGCCCAUCAGCCAAGAAAAGUUGAGCUGGGCCCUGGAAGAGGGCACCAUUCCAGCAUGAAUGCAGACGGCUCUAAGAGCCAAUCAUUUGAAAGCAUGCAACAAAUGAGAAAAGUCAUGGAGCAAGAAAUGAAGAAUGAAAAAUACAAGGCAAACAACAAAGGAUUUGUGUUCACACUUAUGCCACUCUAUGCAGUUGGAGUUGCUGUCUUUGCAGUGUACAAGUUUCUUAAGAUAAAGUCACAAGAUGAGAUGGGAGCAGUCAAGAGGGAAACUUCUAAAGGGACCAGAAAACCAGAAGACACAGAAAAUCAACUGCAUGAACUGGAGCAAAGGCUGUCCCAGACAGAAAAGAUGCUGAACUCCAUACUGACCCAGCUAGAUCCAUUAACUAACUGUGUUGAAUCCGUGGCCUCUGAACAGAAGAACGAGAUUAUGGUGCAGCUCCAGUCCAUCAGACAGCUGAUGAGAAAGCGAGGCAUGAAUAGACCCCAGCUAAACACUGAAGAACCAACAUGCGAUAAGAAGCUUGAAGACCUCAUCCAGUCACUAAAGGAAAGUGAGACCGAAUGCAAUGCGAAGGAGGGUGAGGAGAUCAGUGAUAGCGAAGAAAAUCUGUUGGAGGAUCCCAAUGCAGACGAAGUUCUGAGUGACAUUUGUGAAAAUGAAGAUGAUGAAUCUAAAGAGGACGAUCUCGGCGUCGUCUCCAGUGAAACUCAAAAUGAAGAUGUGGAGGCUACUCAAAGUGUCUCUGAAGAGCUGGAGGAGAGGGGACUACGAAGGCGCAACAAGCGUGAAUGAUCAGUGGUGUAUUCUGCUUUUAGAAAUACUAUUUUAAAGAAUUUGCCUUUUUCUUGGAUGGUGAAAAAAAAGCAUAAUAUUGCAAGUAUCAAUAGAGCUGUGCACUAUUAACAUGGUUUUAUAUAUUUUGAAUGUACUCUAUCUCAGCUCCAUGGCACAAUAAUGAAUCUGCACCUGGGAUGCAAUCUGGAGAAAUUGGGCUUCAUUUAUUUAUUCAUUUUUAAUUGUAAAGAUCAGGUUCCUGCAGGCUGUAAAACAAAACACAAUAUAUUUUCUUCAGGGAAAACUAGAGAACUAAACAAAAAUAGCAGUAGUGAAGUGGUUAAGUUCUUCACUUCUACAGGUUGAUAAGGACACUAUUGAGAAUCAGAUUCCGAGGGUAUACAGUACUCAUCAUACAUGCACUAUUGAGAAUCAGAUUUCGAGGGUAUACAGUACUCAUCAUACAUGCACUAUUGAGAAUCAGAAUCCGAGGGUAUACAGUACUCAUCAUACAUGCACUAUUGAGAAUCAGAAUCCGUGGGUAUACAGUACUCAUCAUACAUGCACUAGUGAGAAUCAGAAUCCGAGGGUAUACAGUACUCAUCAUACAUGCACUAUUGAGAAUCAGAAUCCGUGGGUAUACAGUACUCAUCAUACAUGCACUAGUGAGAAUCAGAAUCCGAGGGUAUACAGUACUCAUCAUACAUGCACUAUUGAGAAUCAGAUUCCGUGGGUAUACAGUACUCAUCAUACAUGCACUAGUGAGAAUCAGAAUCCGAGGGUAUACAGUACUCAUCAUACAUGCACUAUUGAGAAUCAGAAUCCGUGGGUAUACAGUACUCAUCAUACAUGCACUAGUGAGAAUCAGAAUCCGAGGGUAUACAGUACUCAUCAUACAUGCACUAUUGAGAAUCAGAUUCCGAGGGUAUACAGUACUCAUCAUACAUGCACUAUUGAGAAUCAGAUUCCGUGGGUAUACAGUACUCAUCAUACAUGCACUAGUGAGAAUCAGAAUCCGAGGGUAUACAGUACUCAUCAUACAUGCACUAUUGAGAAUCAGAAUCCGAGGGUAUACAGUACUCAUCAUACAUGCACUAUUGAGAAUCAGAAUCCGAGGGUAUACAGUACUCAUCAUACAUGCACUAGUGAGAAUCAGAUUCCGAGGGUAUACAGUAUUCAUCAUAUAUGCACUAUUGAGAAUCAGAUUCCGAGGGUAUACAGUAAUCAUACAUGCACUAUUGAGAAUCAGAUUCCGAGGGUAUACAGUAAUCAUACAUGCACUAGUGAGAAUCAGAAUCCGAGGGUAUACAGUACUCAUCAUACAUGCACUAGUGAGAAUCAGAUUUCGAGGGUAUACAGUACUCAUCAUACAUGCACUAUUGAGAAUCAGAUUCCGAGGGUAUACAGUACUCAUCAUACAUGCACUAGUGAGAAUCAGAAUCCGAGGGUAUACAGUACUCAUCAUACAUGCACUAGUGAGAAUCAGAAUCCGAGGGUAUACAGUACUCAUCAUACAUGCACUAGUGAGAAUCAGAAUCCGAGGGUAUACAGUACUCAUCAUACAUGCACUAGUGAGAAUCAGAAUCCGAGGGUAUACAGUACUCAUCAUACAUGCACUAUUGAGAAUCAGAAUCCGAGGGUAUACAGUACUCAUCAUACAUGCACUAUUGAGAAUCAGAUUCCGUGGGUAUACAGUACUCAUCAUACAUGCACUAUUGAGAAUCAGAAUCCGAGGGUAUACAGUACUCAUCAUACAUGCACUAUUGAGAAUCAGAAUCCGAGGGUAUACAGUACUCAUCAUACAUGCACUAGUGAGAAUCAGAAUCCGUGGGUAUACAGUACUCAUCAUACAUGCACUAUUGAGAAUCAGAUUCCGUGGGUAUACAGUACUCAUCAUACAUGCACUAUUGAGAAUCAGAAUCCGAGGGUAUACAGUACUCAUCAUAUAUGCAUUAUGUAAAUGUUGGUCAUGGUGUUCUAAUUCUUCCUUGUUUUCUGUAAUAUAAAUGAUGUGCAUUGAUGCAUUUAAACUGUUUUGCUGUA